ACCAAACAACACAACACAACACAAAACUCAAUUGCAUAUUUGUUUCGUACUACGUUACGUUGUAGUAAUUAAAGCUGCAAUAACCCAUAUACUAACCUAGUUAGCUCAAAUGGCUUCCGGUAGCUACUUCCUCAGCACAAUACUGUUGUUCUCUUUUGUCACAAUGGCAUUUUCCGACUCUCUUUCCCCAUUCUACUAUCAAAGAGUGUGUCCUCAAGCUCUGCCAACCAUUCGACGCAUCGUUUUCAAUGCCGUUAGACAAGAGCGCCGCAUGGGUGCCUCUUUAUUGCGUCUGCAUUUUCAUGACUGUUUCGUUAACGGUUGCGAUGCAUCAAUUCUACUGGAUUCUACUUCCUCCAUUGACAGUGAAAAGAACUCUCUAGCUAAUGAUAAUUCUGCCCGUGGUUUUGAAGUUAUUGACAAAAUCAAGUCUGCAGUUGAUAAUGUCUGCAAUGGUCCUGUAGUCUCUUGUGCUGACAUUUUGGCUGUUGCUGCUCGUGAUUCUGUAUUCGCGUUAGGAGGUCCAUCCUGGACAGUGCAACUUGGAAGAAGGGACUCCACAACCGCCAGCAGAACUGACGCCGACAACAACCUUCCAUCGCCAUUCAUGGACUUGAGAGCUCUGAUUGACAAUUUCUCAAAGCAAGGCCUUGAUGUUAAAGACCUCGUUGCACUUUCCGGCGGCCACACAUUGGGGCUUGCCCAAUGCCGGACCUUCAGAGAUCGCAUCUAUAAGGAAACCAACAUCGAUCAAGGUUUCGCAGCACAACGCCAAGCUACAUGUCCACAAGUUGGAGGCAACUCUACACUUGCUCCACUCGACCCUUCUCCUGCCUACUUUGACACUAGAUAUUUCGGUAAUUUGGUGAUGAACAAAGGACUUUUGCACUCCGAUCAAGUAUUGUUCAAUGGUGGUCAGACUGAUAAUCUUGUCAAUACGUACCGUCAAAAUAUUCGCAUCUUUGCUAAUGAUUUUGCUCAGUCUAUGAUUAAGAUGGGUAAUAUUAAGCCUUUGACCGGUAAUAAUGGUCAGAUUCGGGUGAAUUGUAGGAAUGUGAAUUGAGUUACAUUUGCAGUUGAGUGUGAAAGGUUGAGAAAUCCUCAAUGCAGCUUGGGGGUAAUGUUUGUGUGAAAUUCUUUGUGUUCAGUUUUUUCUUUUGUUUCCAAUGGAUUAAUUAUUCAAGUGUAAAAUUGUUAUUCAACAAUGUGUAUUAUUGAGAAAUCAUAUAUAGUAUCUGUACGUUAUAUUUCAAUGUUUUUUGUUCUUC